UUACCAAAAUGAUAGCCUACAACAUGUUAUGGAAGAUCUUUGUAGUUGUGGCCUUCGGGCUCUCUGCCACGGCCACUUCUACUGAGGAUGGACCAUUAAGUAAGAAUGAGGAAUCUGUUACUAAACCUCAAGAGGUUUCAAAGAGUGAGACUGAUGAACCACCCAAGUUUUCUGUGGAAUGGUAUCUGUUACCCAAGCCAGAAAACAGAGCAACUCUUCGUUACAUAUUGCCAUAUGGGUUUGAAGCUUGUAUCCCAGAGUAUUGCAAAAAGCCAAUAUUGCCCGCAGUAGAAAACCGUAUUAGAAAUCAUUUUUCUUGGGUUGAGAAACAGAAACAAAAGGAGUCUGAUUCUGCACAACGUAAAACCACUGAUGUUGGCCAACCCUCAAAGAAGUCUUUCACCACUGACCCUGUUGAUGUACCUGAGCCACCAAAAUACUCUCUAGAAUGGUAUUUUGUACAGAAACCCGAAAACAGAAAACUUCUUCGUGACAGGUUGCCAUAUUCUACGAAAGCUUUUGUAGCACCGGACUGUAGAGAACCAAUAGCGCCUGUGUUUGAAAAACGCAUUAGGGAUUAUUUGUCAUUAUAUAGCGUCGACUGGUAUUUGUUACCGGAGCCAGAAAACAGAACUGCAUUGCGUUAUAUGUUGCCAGAGGAUUUGGCUGCCAAGGUUCCAGAAAACUGCAAUGAACCUAUAGAUCCCGAGUUGGAAGAACUUAUUAGAGAGCAUUUCACAGUUAUUGAGAAGAAGCAAAGGCCCAAUCGUUUUUGGUAUUUGCAUUUGUGAAC